AUGUUUCAAGAUCGAUUAAAAAUUAUGUUAAAUUUUUUUAAAAGAGCCUCUAUUGUGAGUGGGGGUGUAUUUAUUAUUUAUUAUCACAUAAAAGAAACAAAUAAACGUAUCGGUAAUAUAGUAAACACAAACGUAUUAGAUGUUGAGAAAAAGUUCACUGCAGAAUAUAUUUAUAUAGAUGACCCUUCAUAUGAGGCUGCAAUGAAAACACAAAGAGAUAAAAAAAGUUUUAAUGCAUUGGGAUUCUCUCGAAUAUGGAAAAGCUUAAAACAUUCAUUGGCUUGGAGGCUGUUAUGGCUUUGUCGCCAUGGAAAUAAGGAACAAAGAAAUAUAGCUUUAGACCAAUUAGCUGCUUUUAAAAAUAAUAAAAUUUGGGAUUGUUUAAAAAUAGCACAAGCCCUUGAUAAAAAUACUGCUGUUUUAUUAGCGCGAACUUUUGCAUGUGACUUACGAUACUUCUUACCUCCUCCAAUACAUAUCAGAAAAGCAGCCAAUACUUCUGAACUUCUAUCAUAUAAAUUGCGAGACAUGAUAAGUCAUGUUCAAGCCUUGAAUCCACAUAGUUGUAUUCAGUACUUUCUAUCAAAAUAUUUUAUAAAUAUUCAAGAUCAGGUGAUUGAAGUGGAUAGUGUUCCAGCAAAACCUGAUAAUAUCAAUGAGAAACAACUUUGUAUUUUAUGUCUUGAUGCAUUACAUCAUCAUCUGUUUUUAUUUAAUGAUAGUACUUUCGAUGAAAACUCUUCUGUUGCUGCUUUGAAAGAAUUAGGUAUUUUUGCAAAAUUGGCAGAACUGAUGUUGAGAUACAGAAAUGACUCUGAAAUUGAUUUUGCAGUUCUUAAGGUACUGACAGUUCUUAGUGUGUAUCCUAGCCUUCUAAAAGAUUUUUUUGAGAAUGGUCUUAUAGGAGAGCUUGCUCGACUAAUUAAGUCAUGUGAUAUUAGAUUGGCAAGUUCAUCAGCUGUUUGCUUAGCCAAUUUAUCUGGUGAAUACCAUUAUAAGCCAGGUUUAUAUUUGCUCCAUCCCUUAUAUCGUACCAAAAGUAAUCAUACUUGUGAUAUAUUGCUCGUUCAUGGUUUGAGAGGAGGUGUAUUUGUUACUUGGAGACAACGAGAUAAAAAAUGUGCAGAACCUGUUGGUAUUAUUGAAGUAACUGUCUCUGAUGUUGAAUGUGAUCCUUGUGAAAAGAACAACAAUGUCACAAAAACAUAUUUUGAUCCUGAACUUCAACAAGUUCUUGAGGAUUUGAAGGAAUUGGAUGAUGAAGCUUUACUCACAAAUUUAGAAGUAGUCUUACAUGAUAUUCCUAUAUCUGCAAAAAGGGAACCUAAUAGUACCAAUCAAUACACUGCAAAUAAAAAACGUCUGGCUUUAAUACAGGAAGAAGAAGAUAAAUGUAAUUAUACACAUUGUUGGCCUAAAGAUUGGCUACCACAAGAUUGUGAUAGUUUGAGAAUUCUUGGUUUCAACUACUGGAGUAAACUUUCUGAAUGGCUAGAGGGGUGUCCUCUUAAAAAUGCAGAUAUUGGAUCUAGAGCUGAAGAACUUGGCUCCGUUUUAAUUAAUGCUGAAGUUGGUAAAAAAAGUAUUGUUUGGCUGGCUCACUCAAUGGGUGGUCUUAUAGUAAAAAAAUUAUUGGUAGAUGCAGCACAAAAGAAUGAACCAGGAUUUGAAAAUCUGUGUCAAAAGACUAAAGCAGUGUUAUUUUACAGCACUCCACAUAAGGGAAGUGCCUUAGCAACAAUGCCUCGAGCUGCAGCAGCAAUUCUAUGGCCUUCACAAGAUGUUAAACAAUUACAAGAAAAUUCACCUGUUCUACUAAAUAUGCAUAAUGAGUUUAUAAAAUUUGCAGAUUUGUUUCAUUGGGAAACCAUUAGUUUUGCAGAAACACAGCCAACUUUAGUAACAGCUUUCAAAGUUCCUGUUCAUUUUGUAGAAUCAUUUUCAGCUGACUUAGGUCGUGGUGAAUUCUACGAAUUGCCUCUUGACCAUCUGUCAAUAUGCAAACCAGCUACGAGGCAAUCAAUUUUAUAUACAACAGUAUUAGAUGUUUUAUUAAGAGUUUCAUCUUGUGAAGUUCAAUUAAAAUACACCGACUCACACAUUUUAAGACUAUUAUAUGCCUUUUGGUCUCUGGUAAAAAGUAAAUUUGGUUUGUUAAAGACUAAUUUGGAAGAUAAACAAGGAAAUGGAAAUCAACACUGGAUUGAAAAAACUUUACUUCAUGCAUUUACUGAUGACGUUAUAACAUAA